CAGAAAGUCUAAUUUGGUCGAGAAAAAGUUACUGCUCCAUCUCGCAGCAGCAUCCGCCAAAGUCUUCCAAUUCCACCAUCUUAUCCGAAGCCAAGAAAAAGCGAGGUUCGUAAGAUCCACCCACCCACCAAUUACUGGACUACCAACCGACUCGCGCGUGCGCCAAAAAGAAAUGGGUUUCCGUUUUGGAACAGCAGCAGCGGUCAGUUUCGGCGCCCCCGGGUCGGUGUAGUCAACUAGCCGAGUCCACCACUCCACCUACGCCUUCACACGGGCGGCGGCGAGGCAGAUGGGGGAGGCGGCGUGAGGCUGCGAAUUCUGAAGCGCGGCGGCGAGCCGGAGGCUGGUGCUCGGGUCAGCCAGGGAAUCCUGGGGUUGGUACUACCAUGAUCAGUUUGCGUGUGUUUUCUCAUCAGGCAAAUUUUGGAUUCCUUUGAUGCUACAGUAGUAAUAGGAGAAAGAUGGAGCUGCUAAGCAUCGUCCUAAUUAUAGCAUCUCUGCUCCCGUUUUCAGCAUCUGAUCGACAAGGUGAUGCGCUGUACGAUAUGAAGCUGAAACUAAAUGCUACUAGCAAUCAGCUUGCUGAUUGGAACCAAAAUCAAGUUAACCCCUGCACUUGGAAUUCUGUUAUUUGUGAUACUAACAACAAUGUUGUGCAAGUAACAUUGGCUUCUAUGGGAUUUACUGGAGUUCUGUCACCAAGAAUCGGAGAGCUUGAGUAUUUGAAUGUUCUGUCCUUGCCUGGUAACAAGAUCACCGGUGUCAUACCAGUGCAGUUUGGCAACCUCUCUCGUUUGACAAGCUUAGAUUUGGAAGACAACCUAUUAGUUGGGGCAAUACCAGCUUCCCUUGGCCAGCUUUCGAAGCUGCAGCUUCUGAUACUGAGUCAAAACAAUCUCAAUGGAUCUAUUCCUGAAACCUUAGGAGGCAUCCCAGGCUUGACAGACAUUCGGCUAGCUUACAAUAACCUCUCUGAUCAAAUACCUGCUCAACUGUUUCAAGUUGCACGUUACAAUUUUUCAGGUAAUAACUUGAACUGUGGAGCAAAUUUCCUCAAUCCUUGUGCCUCAAAUGUGUCUUACCAAGGUUCAUCUCGUGGUUCAAAAAUAGGCAUCGUCCUUGGAACAGUUGGUGGAGUGAUGGGGCUACUCUUCCUAGGGGCUCUAUUUAUUAUCUGUAAUGGAAGGAGAAAAAGCCAUCUACGUGAAGUUUUUGUGGAUGUAUCAGGUGAUGAUGAUCAAAGAAUUGCAUUCGGCCAGUUGAAAAGAUUUGCAUGGAGAGAAUUACAACUUGCAACAGAUAAUUUCAAUGAGAAAAAUGUUCUUGGACAAGGGGGUUUUGGGAAAGUAUAUAAAGGAGCGCUUCCAGAUGGCACUAAGAUUGCUGUAAAACGGUUGACUGAUUAUGAAAGCCCUGGUGGGGAGGCUGCCUUCUUGCGUGAAGUUGAGCUGAUUAGUGUUGCAGUUCACCGGAAUCUUUUGAGAUUGAUUGGAUUCUGUACGACACAAACAGAGCGUCUACUUGUUUAUCCUUUCAUGCAGAAUCUUAGUGUGGCCUACCGUCUACGAGAAUUUAAAACUGGGGAACCAAUACUAGAUUGGUCUGCAAGGAAGCGAGUGGCUAUAGGCACAGCACGUGGAUUGGAGUAUCUGCACGAGCACUGCAAUCCUAAGAUUAUACAUCGUGACGUCAAGGCUGCCAACGUCUUGCUUGAUGAAGAUUUUGAACCCGUUGUUGGUGAUUUUGGCUUGGCCAAGCUGGUGGAUGUACAGAAGACAUCUGUGACUACUCAAGUCCGUGGAACUAUGGGUCACAUUGCACCUGAAUAUCUGUCCACAGGAAAGUCGUCUGAGAGAACCGAUGUUUUUGGUUAUGGCAUAAUGCUUCUUGAACUAGUCACAGGACAGCGCGCCAUCGACUUUUCACGCUUGGAGGAAGAAGACGAUGUGUUGUUACUUGACCAUGUCAAGAAGCUGCAAAGAGAAGGGCAUCUCGACGCCAUCGUUGACCGGAACUUGAACAGUAAUUACAACAACCAGGAGGUUGAGAUGAUGAUCCAGAUUGCGCUGCUCUGCACCCAGGCCUCGCCCGAGGAUCGCCCGUCCAUGUCCGAGGUCGUCCGGAUGCUCGAAGGCGAGGGCCUGGCCGAGCGGUGGGAAGAGUGGCAGCAGGUCGAGGUGACGAGGAGGCAGGACUACGAGCGGAUGCAGCAGCGGUUCGACUGGGGCGAGGACUCCAUCUACAACCAGAACGCCGUCGAGCUGUCCGCUGGCAGAUAACGAACAAUCGAACAUCAGGUUCAGCGUAUCAUCUCAGUGCUGACAUAUAUGGCAGAUUGGUGACAGUCUGAAACUUGCUAACUAUUUUUCUUCCACUUCAUGUUGAUGGAUCUCUGUAUCUGUACUGUGUAUAUAUAAGGAUGAUUUGCAUCCCUUGUCUGCA